AUGACCCAAUUACAGUCUCAAAGCCAAACCCCUUCUCCUCCGAAGCGGGUUUGGGCUUCUCUUAUUACAAACAUGAACUACCUCCCGGGUCUCUUAACCAUCCACCAUUCUCUCUACCACCCAACGCCCGAUACAAAAGCCAAUGCGGCGAAUAACGACACGCCUCCGAACGAACCCUCACGCUAUCAAUUUGUCGCUCUUUAUACGUCCGCAUUCCCAGAAGAAGGCUUGGAUAUACUCCGAAAACGUGGGAUUCCGGUGCAAUUGGUGUCCGCUGUGAUGCCAGCUAGCACACGGGAAUAUACACAGGACCCACGCUUCGCUGAUACCUGGACGAAGUUGGUUGUCUUUUCUCUGGGGCAGUAUGAGCGCGUGGUGCUUCUUGAUGCGGAUAUUGUUGUUCGUCGCAAUAUGGACGAGUUAAUGGAGAUAGAGUUGGACUCUAAGGAGAAGCUAGAGAAAGGAACUGCUACGAGGGUCUUCGCAGCUGCGCAUGCUUGUGCGUGCAAUCCAAUGCAGAAGCCACAUUAUCCCGAUGAUUGGAUUCCGGAAAACUGUGCCUACACAUCCCAGCAUAAAAAUCCUAAAAAUGCCCAAAAAGUCGCCCCUCCCCCAUCAUCUGGAGUUGGUCUAUUGAAUAGUGGCGUCCUCGUCAUCACGCCCUCUGAGAAGGCCUACAGCGAGAUCACAUCUGCGCUGCAAGAUACCGCGCGCAUAGAGGGGUAUAGCUUUCCAGACCAAGAUCUACUCUCGGACGUAUUCAAGGGCCGAUGGGUGGCGAUUCCUUAUGUCUACAAUGCUUUAAAGACAUUGCGCUGGGAGACAGUGCAUGCGGAUAUCUGGCGGGAUGAAGAGGUGAAAGCUGUGCACUAUAUCUUUGCGCAAAAGCCUUGGCAAGAGGAUAUUCAGCCCUCUGACACUUUGGAGAACAUUGAAGAGCCCAGUAGGUGGUGGUGGGAAGCUAAUCGAGGGAGGCAACGGUUGGAGAUUGAGAAAGGGAUUUCGGAUGGGUAUUCAGCGUGA